AUGUCAGGCAGACAAGAACAGAUCAACCUCGAUACCCUAGAGCCCCAGCAGCUCGCUCAAGUCAAGAAGCAACUCGAUGAAGAGCUCGAACACCUGACGAACUCGUUUGCGCAGCUUCACGCCGCCCAGAACAAAUUCAAGGACUGCCUUCGAUGCGUAAAGAGCAGGUCUGAUGCUCCUGAAGGAGCCAACUCUGUAUUGGUACCCCUUACCAACUCACUAUAUGUCCGAGGAGAGUUGUCAGAUGCCGACACCGUCUUGGUAGACAUAGGCACUGGUUUCUUGGUGGAAAAGAAACUCAAGUCUGCCGAAAAGUUUUACGAGUCCAAGGUCGAGGAGCUCGGAAACAACCUUAAGGAUCUCGAGAUCAUCGUCCAAAGAAAGCAGACAAAUGCACGAACAAUUGAAGAGGUUUUGAGACAAAAGAUACUGGCUAGCCAGGGACAGGAUCAACAACAAGCUUAG